CAUUCUCGUGGGUUGAUGGUCGCAAGUCGAUGGUUUCGAUUUUGUGGCACAAUGAACUACCGCGUGGUGUUAGUGGUAUGUGUGACGAUCUUCCUGUUUCUCUUUGUCUUCACUCGUAUUGCAGAUCUGAAAACAGCGACCAACAAUCUUCACUUGAUGUUUCUGAACGCUCAAAGAGAGGGAACUUCGACCAAGUCAGCCAAGCAACUACAAGAUCUAGCUUCUUCAGCACCUAUUCGUAAAAUGCCACAUGUUGAUGCAGAUUCAUCGGCACCUAUUCGUAAAAUGCCACAUGUUGAUGCAGAUUCAUCGGCACCUAUUCGUAAAAUGCCACGUGUUGAUACCUCGAUUCUUGCUGGUGUCAGAAAGAAGGGAUUGGUUAAAGGUUUACCAACAGGGAAGCGUCUCAAGUCCAUGGAUAAAGAAUCAAUGUUCAAAACCUAUCAUAGCUACGUAACCAACAUCGAUAUUAUUUGUGAACGGAAAUUUAGAAUGGGUAAAAUAGGAGAUGGAGGCUGGGAAGUGUGUGAUGAUCCACCAUACAGACCCAUUAAACCAUGCAUAGUGUACUCGUUUGGAAUCAACUACGAUUUCUCCUUUGAUGACGACAUUGCGAAGACUUAUGAAUGUGACGUGUAUUCGUUUGAUCCAAGCAUGAAAAUGAACACAACAAGACGGAAUGAUCGUAUCAUGUUUUAUAAAAUUGGAAUUGGAGGAAAAGACACAAUAAAUAAAAGGAAAUGGAAUAUAAUGACUUUGACAUCAAUACGCAAGAUGCUCAAACAUUCAAAGUCGGUUAUUGAUGUUUUAAAAAUGGAUGUCGAAACCGCAGAGUGGCCUGCGCUAAUUUCGAUGAUGGAAGCCGGAGAGCUGAAAACAGUCCGACAACUCCUGAUGGAAUUUCACACAAAGGGCGAUAUGCAAAAACUCGAAAUUUUCUCAAACCUCGAAAAACUUGGAUUCAGACGAUUUUUUGUUCACUUGAAUCCUGCUUGUCGAUUUUUAAGCUUAGGCAUAUUUCCUGUGCGUUCAUCUGGUUGUCAAGAAGUUCAUUUUGUAAACACUAACAUUCUGUCGUAACAUAUAAAUAACCAAUUUCGGUCUCACCCAUUUGAGAGAUCACCAGGUCACUUUAAAUAAUUAUUGUGAUUGGCUGCUUCACGGUGAUGACCCGGUCGCCACAGCCAUGCCAUCCAGUGGAAUAAGAACGAUCAAAAUUGAUUUCUCUGAGACGUGUAUGUUAAAUUCAAAAUGAUUGCACUACAAUAUAUAAGUAAGCACAAACUCUGUAAAUAAGUAUUAGUUGAAAAAUAUAUUUUUAAUUUCUUUUCAA